UCUGAAGAAAAUGCGGCUUCAUUGAGAAAUUAUUUACAGCCCAGUUUAGGUUUACCGUGUGCAGUGGAUACGGAAAGUACACUUUCCAAUGUCACCUCUAUACAAUCCCAGUUACAAUCAUUAUAUGAAACAUGUCAUGAUCCUUUGAAAAUCUAUCAAAGUCUUCAACAACAACAACAACAGCAACCAACAACUCAAAUCCAUAGCAGUGAUAAAACAUCAUCUCAUUUACAAAAGGCAUUAGAUAAACAUACACAACUAUUACAGGAGCUAAAAUUUCAACAACAGCAUCAAUUUAAAACUAACCAAACAACAUCACAAACUAAUAAUCCUGCUACUUAUGUGCUGUCACCAGCAAAAGGUGCUGCUACCAGUACUGGAGGCACUGCAGCCGGUGGUGUGUCGGGUAAAACUGCUACCAUAUUGGUUUCAAAAUCAAAAACCAAAACUGGUUUACCUUUGCUACUCAAAAAUUCCAUUAAUAAUUAGGCUAGUAUAUGAAUAAUUCAUAUUUAAUUAUUUGUUACCUUCACUAUUUAUACACAAAAAUAUUAGAGCAGGUUUUUUGCAAAAUGUGAACAAAAAUUUAAUGUAACGAAACGAAUUGAAAACGAGCCCAGUGCAAGCCCACUUUUUUUCUUAGAAUAUCUCUUCGCACAUUAUAUUUUACACUUUACGUAUAAAUUUGUAUUUUUUAUAACGAUAUAUAUAUACUCGUAUAUUAUUUAUUGAAUUUAGAGUUUUAGUGCAAUAUUUUACUCAUUUUUAUUAUUUUAUUUUAAUUUUUUAGUUUUUAUGAUAUAAGAAAAAGUAUUUUCGAAAGUAUAUUUUUAAAUAUUUCAAUUGUUAUUGUAUUUGUUUGAUUUUCUAUUGAACAUCACAGUAUUUGCUUUUCUCAAAACAUUUAUUUUCGAAUAUCUCAUAACGAAUCUUUUAUAAAUUUAUUUCUAGAAUUUGUAUGUCUUUUUUAUACAUGUAUUAUGCUAUUAUAUGUUUUUCUAUAAAUUAUUUAAGUUAAUUUCAUUGUUUCUUAAUAAAGGAAACGAAUAAAUAAUUGACGAAAUAUAAUUAUUAAAAUAAAAAUUAUUUAGCAAAUAUUAAAACAAAAAUCAAAAAGGUAAAACAAUUAAUUGCUUUAGGCCUAGAAAUCUUUAGGUGUAAUGGGUUCUGUUUUUAGUUAAAAUUAAACAAAAGUAUUCUACAAAACCCCUCUGAGGACUUUUGUAAUUUCAGUAAAGUCAGUCAAAAUUUAAAAGAUUUCUCGAAAACAAAAAACAUACCAAACUAAAAAUUUCAUAAUCAUUUACAUAAAAAAACUUGAUAAAUGUUACGACGAAUGAAUUAAUAUAAAAUAAUAUAAAUAAACUAAAAUAAUAAUACAAAAAAGUAGUAAUAUUUAUACGAUAUAAGAAAUUAUAUGGUGAAAAAUACAGAUAAAAAAGAAACUCCUUAGUUUAAGCAAAAACUAGGAAAGACAGACAACAUACAGGCGUUUAAAUAUAACACAAAACUACAAUAUUAUUAAAUUAAAUACAGAAAAUAAUUUAUAAUUAAUAAAAACAAAGUAAAAAAAAUAUUUAUACUUGUAGUAAUCUAAAAAAGUAAAAAAUAAAAUAAAACUGUUAAGUUUUUAUUUAUACCUAAAGGAAACAAAACAUAAGGCUAACAACCAACAAAAAGAAAGAAAACUAACAGAAAAUUCAAAUUAAAAAACACAUAAUCCAUUUAAAAUAGAACAACAAUCCUCAAAAACUAACACAAUAUCCUUAUACUCCCCACUACAAACACAACAUCUUAACUUACAAUGGAUUCAUAGCUAAGCCCAGCUGGAAUUACAACAGUAAUACACACAAUUUACAUUUAUACUAUUUCUUUAAUACUUCUUUAAUUUAAUGUUUAAAUUUAUGUAAAGU